AUGCCUUUAUCAUUAACUUCAAGAAAAUCAUUAAAAGAUAAUGAAGAAACUUUUAAAACUCAUUUAGCUACCAUUGAAAAAGCUUUAGGUGAACCAUUUGAAAUCGUUUUUGAUUUCGAAGAUAUUAUUACUAAAUGUAAUGAUAACUGGGUUACAAAUAGUUGUGGUUCCAUCUUUUACAAAGAUGUUGUUGGUAAUUUAGCCAAAAACAUUGAUACUAAAGUUAGUAAAAAUGAUUUAGUUAAAGAAGCCUUCUUAGCUGCUGUUCCAAAUAAGAAAAUUGUUUUUGUUGCUGCCGAUGAAAAAUUACCAUCAUAUUGGCAAUACUCAUUCGCUGAUGGUAACUGUGUUAUCUCAUUCCGUCCAAAAAUCUGUAAUACCAAUGAUGUAUUUACCACCAAGUUAGAAACUAUUCUUCCAAGUGAAGGAGUUUACUCUUUAUUGACCCGUUUAAAUAUUAAAGAAAAUCAAACCAAAAUGGAUGCAAAUUUAGCCGCUGUUAAAAAAGCAAUGAAGUCCGAUGCUGAUUGGACCAUCGAUCAAUCAUCUUUAGAAGCUGUUUAUCCACAUGUUGCUGCUGAUUUAAAAAAUAGCUUUGGUCAUAUUUUUGCAGGUGUUGUCGAAAAAAUUGCAGCCAAUCUUUCCAAACGUUGUGCUGAUGAAAUGGUAUUAGAAGCUGUUCAAGAAGCCACUUCAAAUCAUACCAUUGUUAUCAAACACAAUGCUACACAAAAUGGCUAUUGGUUAUGGUCAUUCGAAUCUGGUAAUUUAGUAAUUUCAUUCAAAUCAAUUACCAAUACAAAUGAUGUUCAAACAUUUGACUUCAUUAAAUUAUUAUAA